CUCCCGUCCCCUUCAUCCAAGAAUCCUCGGUGAUCCAACAAUCCUCGGUGAGCUCCUCGCCAUGGACAUGAUGGAGAUACUCACGGCACCGGGCGACCACGAGAAACCCUUUGCCUGUCCAACGUGUGCCGUGCGCUUUACAAGACAGGAGAAUCUGACCAGACAUACUGCCUCGGUUCAUCGCCAGCCGAACCUCAAGCGUUAUUCGUGCUCGCAAUGUGGCGUUGGCUUCGCAAGGAGCGAUCUAAGAAAGCGUCAUAUCAGGAAAUAUCACCUAGCAGAAUGUCCGGCUGAGGACCCUAAGAAUGGACCCCAGCUAUUGACACCUGCCCAGCAGUCAAUUGCAACAGCCUUGCCUCCUGGUGAACCAUUUCGCAAAGAGGAUGUAGAAACCUCUAUACAGGCAAGCGAAAGGCCACCCAUGCCGCAAUCGUUAACUGCAUUUUCUGCCUCCAGCAUCUCAUGGGUCUUCAAGCUCCCCUUAUUUGUAUCCGCCUAUUUCGAAGGCUUUCAAGGUAUCCUUCCUGUCAUCCACCAGCCUACAUUCGACACUACGUCGACACCAGAGCCUCUCCUCCAGGCAGUAGCGUGUAUCGGCGCCGUCUACCAUUCCGGUGACCAUCAUGACAUCAGCCUUGCGCUACUACACUCUGGCAUUGAGUCUCUAGAUUCGUACGUAGAGAGGAAUCGAUGUGCUGGGUUCCGCGAGGUAUGGGUACUUCAAGCCUAUGUCCUCUUCGAAUACUUCGCCUUUCAUAGUUGCGACGAUACUUUAUUUGAAACCGCUCUGGGCAUUCAUCGCAGGCUGGUAGACGCUGCAAGGAAGCAUCAGCUCCUUCAAGACAGCCAACCGAGUGAUGGGCUCGCCAUCAUCCCCGAUCUAGACUCACUGCUUUCCGGCGCUUAUGUUGAGCGCGACUGGCGAUCUGCUGUUACAAUUGAGGCACGUAAGCGCGUUAUAUAUUCGCUCUACUAUAUAGACGCACAGAUGUCCAUCUGCUGCAACAUCCGACCUCUGCUGACCGCAUUGGAAAUAAAAUAUGACCUCCCCUGCAGCGAAAACAUCUGGUCAGCACCAACGGCGUCCGCAUGGCAGGCCCUCGUUCUAGACCAAGACUGUUCCCUCAACGAAACAGAAGACGACGCCGCCAACCGCAACCCUCGUCCUGCGCAGGGCGACCUGUAUAGCACCCUGAUGCAUCUCAUGAGCCCAGCCCCUCCCGGAAAACGCUUAGGUCUGCUGUGGAGAUCUUCCUUUGCGGGCCUUGUGCUCGUAAUGCAAAUUCAGAUGAUGGUCCGAGACUUGAUCCUCGGCAGCACCUUUCUCUACCACAACAUUCGAAGCCCAGAUGAUAAGGAAAGACAUCGUCUGUCGAUUGUACCUGAGUCCGCCCGGGCGCAGGUUAUGGAGGCACUGAACACACUCGCUGACUUGAUGCCAAACGUCCACCAGCUGCGAGAAGCCACAAAGGACAGCCUCGAAGAGACUACAGUUGACAGUCUCUGGAACCAGGUGUGGGUUGCAUGGCACUACACGGUGCUAUGUCUAACACACCAGGACGGACUGCUCACCAAUGGAGUCGUCGAGUACGGAUUGCCGACAGCAGUUUCAACCGCCUGGGAGCUGGGAAAGCCGAGAUCAAAACACCUGCGCGAUGUCUACGAGGAUCGCGACGUCAUCCGCGUAGCUGCCGGCUUGGAAAACAUCCAGGGUCUGCUUAUGGAUCCAGUGGGCGUUAUGGGCAAGGACACCCAUCGUGUAGCCGAAGAUCCGUUUAUUACCAUAUUAGGCUUCAAAUCGUGUCUAAUGGGAUGGCGUACUGUGCGUCUGCUAGCCCUUGGACUUCAGGAACGGUCCGGAUCUCAUUCAAAUAUUUACAAAGUCUCCGCGCGAGUUUUGAUGCAGAAUAUCUUGACCUCAAUAGGAAUGAAAGACGAGAGAGACAGAGAACAGAGCCGACAGGAGGGGUUAACUCCAGGUAGCGCAACAGGCUUUUCUGUUCUGAAUGGCUACGAAGCACAAUAUCUUUCAUGCGUUGAAGCGGUUCUUGCAAAGAGAAAUACGUGGCCGGUUGCAACAUGCAUUGAAGCCGUUUUUAUAGAGGCCAGUUCUUCUAUUUCUUGAUUACGCUUAAGCGUUACAAGUAAUGCAUAUCUGCAUAUCUG